CACAUCAGUCUUGCAUAUUUCGAAUGGACAAGAGAUUGAUGACCCAUAUUUUAUUGCAAUGGGACCCAAGCUGGAUAUUCUCAUCUUUCAGGCACUACGUUCUCCUACAAGGUAGAUGAUUCAUUUAUGUAUUAGAAACAUGAUGUUUCCAAACUAUGUAGGUCCAUUAAAACUAAUGAGUAUUGGUUUAUUUUAUCAAAAUGAAAAAAAGAUAAGUUUUCCAUAGGAUGAAACACUAAACUCAUCAGUUCUAGAGUAGGUAGGUACAUAUAAAUAAUAUUAAAAUCCUUUUUCUUAGGUACCUGUUAUGAAAAUAGUGUCUGACACAUAUCCUCUGGUUUAUUAUGAUUGAUUCUGUUGCUGAUUCUUUCUCUUGAUGGCUGCUAUCCACAUUUCCCUUAUUUUUCUUGAUAGAUCCUUCAUCUGUGGGUAAUGCUCAGAGUUUUUCACAGUAUUACAGUAGGAAUGUGACAAAUCAGCAAAUGGUCCCGAUCUGCACUGCUUCCACAAUCCACCACAAUUCACGUUACUGGCAAUUUUUUCUUUGAAAUCAUACUGAGUUUUCAUUAUUCACAAUAAAUCUAGCCGAAACUCGAUGAAAUAAUACUGUAAGAGGCUUCCAAAACCCACGAAGUUCUCAAGUAAACAAACUUGACUUUGGUUUAUUUGCCAACCAGACGCCAUUUUGAAAUUAUUUGACAGGUCGUUGGAUUGCCUAAUAGGUCGCGUGCAAGAACUGUCAGAUGACCGACCCUGGAGGCAAAACAUAUUUGUUUACAAGUGAUCGAAAUAGUUUUCCACAAUUAUUUUGGCAUAUGAAUCGUAUUUUUCCGCUAUUCAUCAAUUCGCUAAUGCCAUCACAUUGUGCUGCUGUAAAAUGCACAAAAACUGCAGCGGAAGAUGAAGAAAUCCGGAUGGUACAUUAUGAUUCAAAAGUAAGUACCUACUAUAGUCACUCACAUAGUUUUCAUUUUUGAAAUUUGGUAAUUUCUCUGAUUUCUCAUCGGAAUUCUUUCUGCGAUAGAAGCUAAUAGAAAUACAUCUGAAAUUUCUAAAAUAAUGCCAGAAGAUUGGAUUCAUGCAAUCAAUCGGUAGGACUGGUCUGACAUGCUGACGAACGUGUGUGUUGUAGACAUUUUCAAUCUAUUAGCAGCAUUAGCUUGUAUUGCAGAAGUGGCAGAAGGCAGAAGGAAUUUUAAUAAGGAAUGACAACAUUUCAUAAUGCUAACUAUGUGAGAUUACUAUUUACCUGAAAAAUCAUAUUCCCUAGUCUCUUGCUGCAUUUUUUGUGCAUUGUACAACAGCACAAUGCGAAGGCAUGCUUGAAUUAAUGAAUAACGCAAGAAACACGAUUCGUAUGCCAAAAUAUUGUGAAAAACUAUUUCAACCUUUUGAUUCCUCUGUAACCAAAUAAAAAAGUGAGGUUGUGUUUCAAAAAUUCACAGAAGAAUGAGGUUGUGUUUCAAUAUUUUGCCUCCAGGGUCGGUCUUCGUGCACGCGACCUAUGUAAACAACUAAUUUGGUGGAAUAAUUUUUUAAAUUAUUUCAAACAACAUACAGUGGUGUUAUAAGAUGAUAAGAUAAGAACCUGAUAAAAUGAUAAAACCAUUAAAAUCCCAUGACGUGUAGCUAUAAAGCAUAAAAAAUAUGAGAGUUUACAUAAUAUGUAUAAGCACUUCACCAUCUUAGUUGAGGAAAAUAGGAAAAUAAAUCAUGGCUUCAAAUUGUAGUGAUAUUGUGGUUGUUGGUUCAUGUAUGAUAGAUUUCGUGAGUUAUGCACCUAGAUUACCACUGGCAGGAGAAACUAUCCAUGGUAAAGAAUUUGCAACAAAUUUUGGUGGUAAGGGAGCAAAUCAAUGUGUAGCUGCUGCUAAACUUGGUGGGAACACAGCUCUUGUAGCAAAAGUGGGAAAUGAUGUGUGGGGUCCUAAAUACAUUGAAAACUUGGCUCAAUCCAAUGUGGGUACAAAACAUGUCAAGUUAACUGAUAAUAUAUCCACUGGAAUUGCUCAAAUAAUUGUGUCAGAUUCAGGGGAGAAUCAAAUUGUUAUAGUUGCUGGAGCAAAUACUAAGUUGGGCAUUCAGGAUGUAGAUGAUGCUCAGGAAACCAUCAGUGGUUCAGCAGUACUUGUAUUACAAUUAGAGACCUCACAGGAGGUGGCAAUCAGAGCUAUACAGUUAUGUAGAGGGAUUUCUAUAUUGAAUGCAGCUCCAGCUGUUUCAGAAUAUGAUCCUCAACUUCUCAGGUUACCAACAAUAUUUUGUGUCAAUGAACCUGAGGCAUCUAUCUUUACUGGAUUAUCAGUGAACAAUAAGAGUGAAGCAGAAAAAGCAGCAUUAGAACUAUUGAAGAAAGGCUGCAAUAGUGUCCUUAUCACUCUAGGUGCACAGGGUGCUCUCUAUAUCAACAAUACUGAUAAACAGUUUCAUUAUGCUCCUAGCCCCACAGUGAGGUGCGUAGACUCUACUGGGGCUGGAGACGCCUUCAUUGGUGCCUUAGCUUACCUCUUGGCAACCAGGACCGAUUUGGCAGUGCCCAAAGCAGUAGAACUGGCGUGUAUAGCUGCAGCAGACAGUGUCACUCGUCGUGGAACACAGAUCAGUUUUUCUGGGCCUAGUGUGUUUUGUGAAUCAAAAUAAAUGUAAAAAGUACACUGAAAUAUACAGAGAGCAGA